AUGAGAAAGACCAAAAACACAUCUCUGGACACCGUGGUCACAGAUUUCAUUCUCCUGGGCUUACCUCACCCCCAAAAUAUGAGGAUCCUCCUCUUCCUGGUCUUCUUCAUCAUUUACAUCCUCACUCAGCUGGGGAACCUGCUCAUUCUGCUCACUGUGUGGGCUGACCCAAAGCUCCAUGCUCGCCCCAUGUACGUGCUUCUGGGUGUGCUCUCAUUCCUGGACAUGUGGCUCUCCUCAGUCAUUGUUCCUCGUCUAAUAUUGGACUUUACUCCUGCCAACAAAGCAAUACCUUUUGGUGGUUGUGUAGCUCAGUUGUAUUUCUUUCAUUUCCUGGGCAGCACCCAGUGCUUCCUCUACACCUUGAUGGCCUACGACAGGUACCUGGCAAUAUGCCAGCCUCUGCGCUACCCCAUGCUCAUGAAUGGUAAGUUAUGCACCAUCCUUGUGGCUGGAGCUUGGGUGGCUGGCUCCAUCCAUGGAUCUAUCCAAGCCACCUUGACUUUCCGUCUGCCCUUCUGUGGGCCCAACCAAGUGGAUUAUUUUUUCUGUGACAUCCCUGCAGUAUUGAGACUGGCCUGUGCUGACCCAACUGCACUGCUGAUGGGCGACGGCGGGCCUUCUCCACCUGUGGCUCCCAUCUAA